UUAAGUUAGCUUAGCGUUUGUUUUGCGUAUGCUUUUGACUGUCUUUGUUUGAUUUGGUGUUGUGAAUAGACAUGUAAUCUUGUGCUUUCAUGGUUUACAGGAAUGGAAAUUGAGCUUCCUAAACGCAUAGCUGAAGCAGGGGCUGAGCACCAUAUCGAUAAGAUUAACAACCAUUGCAGGCUGAGAGUUCUGAAGAUACUGAAGCAGGAACUUGAGGACGAGUACAAAGAUGUUUUGAAGGAUCCUGUAUUCGGUCCGAUUUUAGCUAUUAAUGAGCAUCAACUUGGAUACUCAGGGAAGGUUAUUCACAGCUUCGUAUGCAAAAUGCUAGACGUUUCCAAGCGUCUCGAGUUAUGGUUUCAGUUUGCAAGAAAGCCUCUUCGGUUUUCUAUGCAAGAGUUCUAUGCUGUGACAGGUCUUAACUGUGUAGCAGAGAAGAACAUUGAUUUUGAGUCUUGGAGAAAUGAUAAGGGGUUUUGGGGCACUUUGCUGAAGCGAAAUGAAUCUGUAGACAUGCAGACAAUUAGGCUGAAGCUUAUUACGGAGUGCAAGAACUGGUCGCGUGUGGACAGGGUGAGGCUAGUCUACCUUUGUGUCAUUUGUUUUGUGAUGGCUAAGGAUGAGGAGAUUGAUAUCCCUCAAGAAUACAUAAGAUUAGUCAUGGAUUUUGAUAAAAUGAGGAAGUAUCCGUGGGGUCUUCAUGCUUACGAUAUGCUAGUGGAGUCCAUCCAGAAUGCAAGGUCCAAGUUGAAGAAAAACAGCUAUGUAUUAGAUGGAUUCUCCUAUGCUCUACAGAUUUGGCUUAUGGAGGCGAUCCCAGACAUUGGUACUUUGCUGGGUCAAAAAUACCAAGAAGGCAUAACCAGUGUGAGAUGUCGGAACUGGUAUGGACAUGGAAAGGUUUCUUAUCAUGAUAUCACUGCUCUAGAGGCUGCACUUGGACAGAGGGCGGUUGUGUUUCCAUUCAUAUCUGAAACCGGAAACAAUGAUGUCGUUGCUGAUGUGAAAUUCAUAAGGAAGGAUGAGAAGAAAGAUGAACGAGUUGACAAAAUUAUUUCCCUGCUCGAUGCAAAAUUUGAUUGGAGCACCUUCGUUUGGCAAGUAGGAGAAGAUGUCCCGAGUCAAGAUCAGUUAGGAGUGAAGGUUGAUGUUGCUAUGGAAGGUACUCAAGAUCAUCUAGAUGGGAAAGAUAAGGUUGCUGUUGAAGAUGAAGUACCAGUAACUGAAAAAAGAAAAACCACUCGAGCCUGCAGCUAAAAGAAGGGUCACGAAGCAGACAAAGGAUCCCGGUUGUGAGUCUAGGAAGAGACAACUACUUUGCCAACGUGCGUCUGAACAUAACACUGGUUUCAAUGAUGAAAUGAAGACCUUUAUCACAGGAUUGUUCAACACCUCCUUCAACUCAAUGAAGCAAGAGGUUCAGAAGCAUGUGGAUCAUCGCUUUGACAAGCUUGACAGUGAGAUUUCACAACUGAAGCAAACAAUGACAGCUCUCGCCAACACAAGAAACGUUUCCCCAGCAUCAGAGACGCACCAGCCCUCGCCAAUGCGUAGCCCUCGUCCUAAACGAAAGGUAAACAAGAAAUGAACUAUGCGGUGUUGUAAUAUUUUGUAACAUGUUGUAAUAUUUUAGCUAAGUUUUUCGGUAUCAAACAGAAGUCUGUAAUAUUUUGUGCCACUUCUGAUUGUAUGAUAUUCAUGGUUAUGUAUUAAUGUUGUU